UCCUUCAUCGCGUUUGUUUGUAGGUUCAAUACCUAAUCGCUAAAGCGUAAAAACAAAAUUAUGUAGGUAAGAAACGCUGAACACUACGAGUUACGACAGCAAAGACCGAAAAUUAUUAUUUCACUCUCAAAACUUCGUGACUUUCUUGGUGUGAAUGUAGAAUUCGAUGCUAGUAAAUAACAAUCGAUUCAAACUUAGUAUCGAUGUCAAUCGAAUGACUGACAGCACUACUGUCAAAUGAGAAAGUUUUUUAUUUACAAUGAUGAACGGAAUUUGUCGGCUCGUUUUGUUUUUAAAUUAACUAAAAUGUUUAUUUAGGACCAUUCAAAAUAAUGAUAUGUGUUCCGCUUAGAUACCUUAAUGUGUUCAACAAGAAAGUUCCCGGAUAAUAAAUAGAAAAUCGAAAUUAUAGAAAAACAAGCUCCCGUUACUUCGUUACGGUAUUCCACGUCAGAGAAACUUUGUUAAGUUUCUAAAAUGCGGCGAGCAAAAGGAUAUCAGGACUUAGAUGAUAGUGCGGUGGUGCCACGGGCUCCCGCACCACCUAUGCCACCUCCUCAGGAAAUAGAAAUGGCAUCAGUGUCUGUUGUCCCUGACGAUACAUUCACCGUGACACAAGCAGUGAACGCCCUGGGUUUUGGUUGGUUUCAAGUGAAGUUGUCUCUAUGCACGGGUUUAUGCUGGAUGGCAGAUUCCAUGGAAAUGACAAUAUUAAGCAUAUUAUCUCCAGCUCUGCAUUGUGAAUGGAAUAUUAGCAAGUAUCAACAAGCUUUAACAACAACAGUAGUCUUCAUGGGAAUGAUGUUAAGUUCAACAUUUUGGGGCAACAUCAGUGACCGCUAUGGAAGAAAGACUGCUCUCAGCAUGUGUGGAGUUUUGCUGUUUUACUAUGGUUUAUUGAGUGCUAUUGCACCAAAUUUUCUGUGGCUGUUGUUUCUAAGAGGACUAGUCGGAUUUGCAAUUGGCUGUGUACCACAAUCAGUCACUCUCUAUGCAGAAUUUUUACCAACUAAACAAAGAGCAAAAUGUGUGGUACUGUUGGAUUGUUUUUGGGCCCUCGGAGCUUGCUUGGAGGUGGCCCUGGCUCUGGUGGUGAUGCCCACUCUAGGAGUUCAUUGGCUACUUGCCCUGUCUACCAUUCCGCUGCUCAUAUUUGCUCUCAUAUGCCCUUGGCUGCCUGAAUCUGCGAGAUUCCACGUGGCGAGUGGACAACCUGACAAGGCGUUAGAAACGUUAGAACAGAUAGCCCAAGACAACGGUCGUCCAAUGCUGCUGGGUCGCCUGGUCUGCGACGACUCCGUGGGCAUCGGGCAGCGCGGCCGCCUCAAGCACCUCCUCAUACCGCAUCUGCGGAACACCAGCCUGUUGCUGUGGUUUAUUUGGAUGUCGUGUGCGUUUUGCUACUAUGGACUGGUGCUAAUGACUACGGAACUCUUCGAGACUGACGCAGAUGCCUCAGACGAAACUUGUGCUGCCAACUGUCGCCCACUGCAGACCACAGACUAUAUGGACCUGUUAUGGACCACGCUUGCUGAGUUCCCUGGUAUUUUUGCUACGAUCUUCAUAAUCGAAAAGUUUGGACGGAAGAAGACAAUGGCGGCACAGUUCGUAAUAUUCGCCAUGUGUGUUUGUGUGCUUAUCUACAAUGGAAAUCGUACAUUCCUGACUUGCGUUCUGUUCGUCGCGCGAGGUAUCAUCGCCGGUUUAUUCCAAGCGGCUUACGUCUACACCCCUGAGGUCUACCCCACCGCGCUGCGUUCUACGGCGGUGGGUGCCUGCAGUGGGGUGGCGCGUCUCGGCGCCAUGAUAACGCCUUAUGUGGCACAGGUGUUGCUCAAGAACUCCAUAGUCAUAGCGACCGGUGUAUACUCACUGGCCGCCAUACUGGCCGCUAUAGCCUGCCUCGCGCUGCCCAUCGAGACCAAAGGCCGGGAGAUGCGGGACUCGGUAACUGCGACCGGAUAGUGACGUCACACAAAUGUUUUACGCUUGAAUCUCAUUAUCGUCUUUAUUUAUUGGAAUCGCUGCUGAAUGUAGGUUUUUAUAUUGACGUCUUUAAGACUGAGGUGAAUCGUAAGAGCGUCAAGCAACAGUGAAGUAAAGGGACGCAUGUACGAUGGUACGUUAAGCUGCAAUAUAUUUAUAAAACUAUUAUUAUUAUCGACGCGACGCGUAGACAUGGAUACUUACAAUGUCCGAAAAAUAAGCUUAGGCAGACGGACCAAUCUAUACUAAUAUUAUAAAUGCGAAAGUAACUCUGUCUGUCGGUCUCGCUUUCACGCCUAAACCACUGAACCGAUUUUGGUGAAAUUUGGCAUAGAGAUAGUUUAAGUCCCGGAAAAGGACAUAGGAUAGUUUUUAUCCCAGUUUUUGAAACAGGGACGUGCGCGAUAACGUUUUUAUGUGACAGACAAAAUUCCACGCAGACGAAGCCGCGGGCGGAAAGCUAGUUUAUAAUAUGACAUAAAAUCGUUUAUACUUAGUUACACUUUUAAGAUUUCGCUUCCUAGUAAGCACGCUUGAAAAUUCGGUGACAUGCCUCGAUCACAUAAUAAUGACUAAAGGUUCGGCCAAACCAACGCGUGCAGCCUACGUGCGGGAUGGCGAUCAUACGCGUCGUGUAUGAAUUUGUAGCGAUGAGUUCACAUCGACGCGUCCUGUCAUUGGUCGCGGCGAUCUACGCGCAGUGAUCACCAUCGCUGACGCGAACUGCACGCGUUGGUUUGGCCGAAGCUUUACGAUUUUCAUAUAGUAUACGCUAAUACAGUGUGAGUCACGUUAAAGUGUACAUAUGAAAAUAGAUGAAACUAGACCUAUUUUUAUCGACAAAAAAGAGGUCAAAAUUUUUUUGAGAUUUUUUUAAAAAAAAUUAUAGAAUUUUUUUUCUUCCAAUUACUUAUUGUAAAGAAAACGUAAUAACUUUUAAACUAAGAGGUAUAUGCUGAUAAAAUAAAAACAGUAAUAAUGCUAAAUAACAGGCGAUACUAAAAAAUACACGAAAUACCCAGAAAAUGCCAACAAAUAAUAAAAAAUGAUACUUUUUGAAAAAAAUCUGCUUAAAAAUUCGUAUUUUUUUUGGUUAUUUGAUAAAUUUCUCCAAAAAAUGCCCCUAUAACAGAUGGUUUUUAUUACUUUGUAUUAUUCUCUAUCGUAUUAUUUUUGUAAAACCAAAAAUCACAUGUCUCUAUCAUUAUCACAACGUUUGCAAUGAUCGUUUGAACUAAGCCUCUCCGGGCGCGCCAUUCAACGCUUCGUUAACAACGAAACUGAAAGUGACUCUAGAUUUGUAAUUUUGAUAAAGACAAGUUAGAUAUCAAAUAAAAACAAAAAAUUUCGAAGUAAAAUAAGCAUUUUAGUUAAAAUUAAAAUUGUCUAUACCUGUAGUGGAGAAAAAUGUGGUGACAGGCCUUUGUUCAAACGAUCAUUGCAAAUGUUGUGAUAGGGAUAGAGACAUGCGAUUUUUGGUUUUACAAAAGUAAUAUGAUAGAGAAUAAUAAAAAGUAAUAAAAACCAUCUGUUAUAGGGGCAUUUUUUGGAGAAAUUUAUCAAAUAACCAAAAAAAUACGAAUUUUUAAGCAGUGUUUUUUCAAAAAGUAUCAUUUUUUAUUAUUUGUUGGCAUUUUUUGUGUAUUGUAUGUAUUUUUUUAGUAUUGCCUGUUAUUUAGCAUUAAUACUGUUUUUAUUUUAUCAGGAUAUACCUCUUAGUUUAAAAGUUAUUACGUUUUCUUUACAAUGAGUAAUUGGAAGAAAAAAAAAUCUAUAAAAAAUUAAAAAAAAAUCUCAAAAAUUUUUUGACCUCUUUUUUGUCGAUAAAAAUAGGUCUAGUUUCAUCUAUUUUCAUAUGUACACUUUAACGUGACUCACACUGUAUUAUUCGGGUGUCUACGCGGUCUCAUACAAACGUCACGCGCUACAUUGAAACGCACGCACGUCAAACAAAAAAACUGUAGCUGAUCAAACUAACUCAGUAUUAAUGUAAUCUCACUGCUUUUUAAUAAAGACUGCCUUUUUUUACGCAUUUAUAGCAUCGUAUAAUAAUAUGUAGUUAAGUAGGAUUUAAGUUAUUUUAUAAAUAAGCAACUACUUAAUAAUGACGUAUAAAUUAAGUAUACAAGAUGAGUUUUUGGGUAGGUAAGUGUGGGAAAAUUCUGAGCAAUUUAAUUAGAAAUACCUAACUUAUCCUUAUGUUCUUUAUUACAUAAAUUUUAUACAAGCUGUAAGGAAUGAAUUUGAAUAAACCUGCUUGGGAAUAAGUAAUAGGAAUGUAAAAAGGAAAAAAUAGUGGCAACAUUAUGAUUAAACAUUUAAACCCAUUUGUAGGGUAAAAAUUAUAUUGCCGAUUUCUGGAAUAUUCAGAAUAUUUCCACACUUAAAAACACAAUACCUCCUAUUAGUUUUCGAAUAAGAAUAUCCGAUUAUUUAACGUUGUUACAGAUUUUUAUACACACACCUGUAACUCUUUUGUAAGAUUUUGUGCUUAAUACAACUGUCCGUCCUAUUGGUGAUUUAAUAUACAUUUUUAUUGAUAUUGUUAAGAUAUAUUUAUCCAUUUAUUACGAUGAUGACAUUAAUGACUUGAAAUUUCUAUGUCUAUUUUAUAUUUUUAAUAAAAAAUACUGCUUUUAUAUACUCAACGACUAUACUUAAUUGCGGUUGUGAUAGUGUACUUAAAGUAGUUACUAAGGUGCUAAUUAUUAUGUUAUCGUUCUUAUAUUAUUUAUUUUUAAACGAAUCUCUCAAAUCUUGACUCGCCUGAUCUGAAAGAAGUAUGGUGUGAAUGUAAUUGCUAAUGUACACGUUGUAUAGAAAAAUGGAAUAUUCCUUGAAACGGCAUAUAACUUAUUUUCUGCUAACAGGGAAGCAAUUAGCCUGCAUCUCCUACUUACGCGCGCUUCAGCGCACUUACUUUGAAACGCAGAGAUUGGAUAUCGUUUGCGAUUAGCCCCGAAGGAGUAAUCAUACGUAUGAGUUUAUCAUACUCAAAAUUAAAAUAAUGCUACUAGAGGAAAAUACGUUUUUUUUAAAUUGUUUUUAUGUACACCCUGUAUAGCUCAUUUACAGAAUGGUGUUUAUACACAGUAUACAAUAUAUUGUGGUUUAUAGUUAAGUAUAAAUGUUGUAAAUUAACCUUACGUAAAAAAGUAUUUAUAAUCAUAUUACAUAUGUAUUAAUAUCUUUGUGAUUUACUUUUACAUUACUAUUUUAUGCCGCCGCUGAUAGGCAGGCUUAGGGGUGGUUUCACAAAGUGUGAUGGACUAGCACUAUGUGAAACCACCCUUAAAACCAAUCAAACUAUACUACAUCCAGCCACCCUCGAGUCGCCCCCGAAUCGAUGACCGCAAUAAAUAAAAAAUGUAUUUAUUGCCUUUUGCACUCUUCUGGCGGAGUUUUGGGUCUUGACACUGUGUAGGUUUGUAGUCGUCGACACGACAAAUAGAAAAAAUACCUUUUAGGCCCCUCGCCCACGACUUUUUGUAGUGAUGCUGUAGUAAACGAGCAUAGCAAUCGCAGGUAAUUUUGUGCCGUUACUGAAUUAUGUUCGCAUCGCAACUGUAACGCGUGUGCAUCACUAAAUGUUUAUGUGAGCGAGGGCACUCAAUAGUUCUAUUGAAGAACAAUCCACCCUGCUCAGAGUGGAUAGAUGGACACGCGUUAAUCUACCUUUGGGUGGCUGUUUUAGGAUAAACGGAAUAGGCGUUGUUUUUUAUAUGAGUGGAUGGUUAAGUAAACCAUCCCUACUCACCAUAGUGUUCUGCGAUUGUCAUUAUUUACACACGUAAUGAAAAUAUUUAAAAUCUUUAAAAUAGUAUCUCGUUCACUCAUUUAGUUGUAAAAUGUUUUUCUUUGGCGUUUACGACGUUAUUGUGAUUGAAUCACAUGCUAACACCAAAUAACUUUGUAUAAUAAUAAUUUUAUUGUUAAGUUUAAAUAAAUAUCCGUUUUGUAUACAUGCACCGACAAUAUAAUUGCAAUUAUGCAAUAAAU